AUGGGUAUCAACAAUCCGAUUCCUCGAAGCUUAAAGAGCGAGACAAAAAAAGCUGCAAAGAUCUUAGCGAACUUUGUCAAGCCGAAUCAAAUACUCGGUGUUGACCAGGUGAUCCCACCAGAACUGCUACAAAACGCAAAGGGCCUCGCAAUCCUUACUGUUUUAAAGGCCGGCUUCUUGUUCUCAGGUAGAGCAGGCUCUGGUGUUAUAGUGGCUAGAUUACCUGACGGCUCAUGGUCGCCACCUUCUGCCAUUGCUACUGCCGGUGCCGGUGCCGGUGGUCAGGUUGGUGUGGAGUUGACUGAUUUCGUCUUCAUCCUCAACACUGAAGAUGCCGUCAAGUCGUUUGCACAGGCCGGUUCCAUUACACUUGGUGGUAACGUCUCUGUUGCUGCUGGUCCCUUGGGAAGAAACGCAGAGGCUGGUGGUACUGCUUCUUUGAAGGGUGCAGCUGCCAUCUACUCCUAUUCCAAGACUAAGGGCUUAUUCGCAGGUGUCUCGUUAGAAGGCUCUGCCAUUGUGGAGAGAAGAGAGGCCAACAGAAAGUUCUAUGGUAAUAACUGUAAGGCUGUGCAAAUCCUGUCUGGUAGAGUCGAACCUCCUCCAGAAUGUGAUGCUCUCUUUAGAGUGCUGGAGUCAAGGGCCUUCACCAAGAGAAGACCAGGUGACUACUACGACGAUAGUUAUUAUUCUGACAUUCCAGAUUUCGACUCAGGCUCCGAUACGAGCUCUUUUUCUGAGAGAAGAAGCCGUGAUAGAUCAGAGAGCUAUUCAAGAGGAAACAGAGGAGGGUCUUCGAAACACUCCGACAAUGAUGACUCUGAUGAUGAUUACUACUCAAGCAGAAGAGGAAACAACAGUGGCUCAAACAACAAUAGCAGCAACAACAAAAGAUCCUCAUACGGAAGAAACAACAGCUAUUCGAGAUCGUCAAAGCCAACUUCAUGGGAAGAUGACGUCUAUGAUAGUUAUGACACCCCAAAAUCAAGAAGAGCAAACAGAAAUUCCGACGAUUAUGACGAUUUGGACAGAAGAUUCAGAAAAUCCUCAAUAUCCGAUAAGCCUGCAUUCUCUCCAAGAUCAGAGAAAUCAAAGGGACCAAAGGCUAUUGCCCUGUUCUCAUUCGAAGGAGAACAAUCCGGUGAUUUGCCUUUCAGAAAAGGUGACGUUAUUACUAUAAUAAAGAAGUCGGAUUCUCAAGACGACUGGUGGACUGGAAGAGUUAACGGCAAAGAAGGUAUCUUCCCAGCAAACUAUGUUGAACUUGCUUAA